AUGCACUCCACACCAACAGAGGAACUCACUCUCAAUCGUGGCUUCCCAGCAGAAAACAAACACGUCUGGUCGCCAUUCGUCGCCAAGGUCGAGGCCCGUUUCCGCUUCGCCGGUUUGAGAUACCGACUCGCACCGGGCGGGCCCCUGCAAGGACCCAAGGGCAAGAUUCCCUACGUCGAGCUCACCGACGGCACCACGCUCGGCGACUCGUCCCUGCUUAUCGCCGAGCUGGUGCGGCGGGGCGCGCUCCCGGAUCUGAACGCGGAGCUUGGACCCGAGCAGAAGAGCCACGACCUGGCACUGCGGGCACUGCUGGAGGAGAAGCUGUAUUUCCUCAAUGGCUGGGAGAAGUGGACGACAAACUAUUACGUUCAGCGUGACCACAUCCUGUGGAAUCUCCCGUGGCCUGUGCGCAACCUCGUCGGGCUGCUGGCGUACCGCGGCCAGAUGGCGACGCUGAAAGGUCAGGGGACGGGACGGUACUCGGAUGAGGAGAUUGACGCCCUGCGCGGCGAUAUCCUGGAGACCAUCGCGGCUCUGUUGGAGUCCUCCAAGGCAAAGCUGUCGGAUGGGGCCAACGGUCCAGAUGCGGUCUUUUGGGCCUUUGGCGGGGAGCAUCCCACAGAGGUAGAUGCGACCCUUUUUGGUUUCGUGGCCGCCAUCAUGGUUUGCACAUCAGGCCCAGCUGCGCGGGGUAUGGUUCGGAGUCAUCCGGUUAUUGUCGACUAUGCCAGCAGUAUACACGACAAAUACUUUCCAGAUUACGAGAAAUGGACCAAUGAGAGCUAA